AUGCACAGUUUCAAUCUUCAAUAUGAUCAUGUUAAAGAUGUGAAUGAACAUCGAAUGUAUAGAUUAAGAUUAAAAGCUACGAGUACACCGGUCGAAGCUGCUGAAUGGAAUCAUAAGUUCGAUCUCUUUCUAAGAGCAUCAUUUGAACGUACACAGUCCUAUUUUAAUCCAUUGGAUCAUUGUCCAGAUGUUCUUGUCUUUGAGUCACCAUAUCAGUCAAUAAUUACUGCCGCUCUAAUGUCACGAUAUAUCCCAGAGGAAGAUAAUCUUUAUGUAUGCUUUUUAUCCGUAUUACCAGAAUAUCGCCAAUAUGGUCUAGCGAAAAAUCUACUCAAUGCCAUCAUUUUGCAAGCAUAUGAUAACGAUAUUAAACAAGUGACAUUAAAUGUCAAUGUAGAAAAUAUUAAGGCUAUCAAAUUAUAUACAAAAUGUGGUUUUCGAUGUACAAAAUAUAUCAGAGACUAUUAUGCCAGUAAUCCACAACCACAUCUCGAUGGCUAUUAUAUGACACUGAUGAUAAAAUAUAUUAGAAGUCCACCAUUAAUUUGUAAGAAAGAGAAAGCAGUUUUAAUACCAUCAGACAUUGAAGUAGAAUACGCUGAACAAUGUGCAAAGGAUAAAUGA